AUGGAGCCGAAGGAAGAGAAGCCCUCUGAGAACGGGGUCACUGUCUCUCCACCCACAGAGGACACUGGGAUGUCUACAGAGGAGGAGACCAAAGGCACAGCUGGGAAGACCGUCAAAGAAGGGCCCCUGGGUGGAGCAGAAAAGCAGGACCUAGCACCAGCCCAGGACGGCAUUUCUGUGGAGGUCCAUGGAGAAGCAAAUGGGAUGGAUGAGGUGGAAUCCCAAAGUGAGGCUGGGGGGACAGAGGAAGCCAAGGCUGGCCUUAAAAAGGAGGAUGGUGGGAGUGAAGAAACCACAGUGGCUUCUUCAGAGAUGACUGACAGCAAAGAAGAGACCAAAUCGGAACCUAAGGAGACCGAGGCAGAAGAGACCGCACUGGCCUCUGAGAAGCUGAAGGCUGCUGAGAACGAGGCCAAGCUCGAAUCUAGGGAGAGCACCCACGUGGAUGACAAGGACAAGGAGGCCGGCGGGGAGGAGGCCAGGAUGGUCCCUCAGGAGGACGGCCACAGGAGGGAAGAGCCCAAGGCUGAGCCCAAGGAGGAGGCCAAGGCUGAAUCUCAGGAGAAGGAGGUCGUGAAAGAUGAGGCUCAGGGUGAACCUCAGGAGGCUGAUGGGAAAGAAGAGGUCAAAAGUGGUGCAAAGGAAGAAGUGGUGAGUGGGGCAAAAGAGGGGGAGGAAGAGCCCCUCCAGCCCUCAGGAAGCAGUGAUGAGCAGGAGCAGGAUGUGGAGAAAGAGUCCGAGGGAGGGGCAGAGGUGACUCCCAGCUCGCCCGGGGAGUUGCCUGAGAGCCCCACGGAGGAGGGCCACAGCCUCAGCCCCGAUGGCUUGGGUCCUGACUCCACAGCUUCCGGGGAGACCAGUCCUUCCGCCAGUGAAUCUUCAACCAGCGAUGUGCCCCAGAGUCCCACAGAGCACCCACUCGCAGAGGAGAAAAAGAAGGAGAAGGCACCAGAGCGCAGGGUGUCGGCCCCUGCCCGACCCCGGGGGGCCCGAGCACAGAACCGCAAAGCCAUUGUGGACAAGUUUGGCGGGGCAGCCUCAGGCCCCACUGCCCUGUUCCGGAAUACCAAGGCGGCCGGGGCAGCUGUUGGCAGCGUCAAGAACAUGCUCUUGGAGUGGUGCCGGGCCAUGACGAGAAACUACGAGCACGUGGACAUCCAGAACUUCUCCUCGAGCUGGAGCAGCGGCAUGGCCUUCUGCGCUCUCAUCCACAAGUUCUUCCCCGAUGCCUUCGACUAUGCUGAGCUGGACCCCACGAAGCGCCGGCACAACUUCACCCUGGCCUUCUCCACAGCCGAGAAACUGGCUGACUGUGCCCAGCUGCUGGAGGUAGACGACAUGGUGCGGCUGGCAGUGCCCGACUCCAAGUGCGUCUACACCUACAUCCAGGAGCUGUACCGCAGCCUCGUGCAGAAAGGACUGGUGAAGACCAAGAAGAAAUGA